AAUAAAAAAAACAAUUUCUCUCUCUCUUCCCCCUCCCCUCCUCUUCUCUAAUGACAAAAAACAGAUGCCACUCUCAGCCAGCCCCAAAGAAGAGCUAAAAAGCAAAAGAAAGGGGAUUCCUUUCCUUUCCUUCCCCCCCCUCUCUCUCUCUCUCUCUCUUCAGCAUCUUCCAUUUGUAGCCUUUACCAAUUCACAACCCCCUCUCUCUCUCUCUCUCUCUCUCUCUCUCUCUACACCAUCUUGGUUUCUCCCAAAUUGAUAAGUGCAGGAGAUUUAGCCCCAACUUUGGGUCAUGUAAUUUUACUGGGGUUUUGUUGAAACCACAAGAAGAGGGGAAAAAGAUCAAAUUUUUACUGGGUUUUCGCUCAAUUUCCUGUGAUUUGGCUCCAAACCCUUGAUCCAAUUUACUUGGGGGUGUGAUUGUGUUGCUCCCAUGGGGCUCUGCCAUGGAAAACCAAUCCAAAAAACCCCGGAAACCGAAGAGGAAGCAGUAGUGAACCAUGUAGAACACCCCCCCACCAUUGAGGAGCUCCCUCCUCCGAAGCCGCAAACCCCGAAACAGCCCAAAUUCUCCUUCUACAUCCCCAGCCCCCUCCCUGCUUCCUACAAAAGCUCGCCGGCCAAUUCGAGCGUAAGUUCCACGCCUUUACGGCUUUUCAAACGGCCCUUCCCGCCGCCGUCCCCGGCAAAGCACAUUAAGGCGCUGCUCGCGCGGCGGCACGGGUCGGUGAAGCCGAACGAGGCCUCCAUACCCGAGGGGAGUGAGGUUGAGCUAGGGUUGGAUAAGAAUUUCGGGUUCUCGAAGCACUUCUUUUCGAAGUACGAUCUCGGGGAGGAGGUGGGGAGGGGCCAUUUCGGGUAUACUUGCUCCGCGAGGGCGAAGAAGGGGGAAUUGAAGGGCGAGGAGGUCGCCGUCAAAGUCAUUCCCAAGGCAAAGAUGACGACAGCUAUUUCCAUUGAAGAUGUUAGAAGGGAAGUGAGAAUAUUGAGUUCUCUCUCGGGGCACAAAAAUCUUGUGCAGUUCCAUGAUGCUUACGAGGAUGAAGACAAUGUGUAUAUAAUCAUGGAGUUAUGUACCGGAGGUGAACUUUUGGACAGGAUACUGUCGAGGGGUGGGAAAUAUUCGGAAGAAGAUGCGAAAGCCGUAAUGGUUCAAAUUUUGAGCAUCGUAUCUUUCUGCCAUCUUCAAGGUGUCGUCCACCGAGAUCUCAAGCCGGAGAAUUUCCUUUUCUCUUCGAAGGACGAUAAUUCAACCCUGAAGGUCAUAGAUUUUGGCCUAUCUGACUUUGUUAAGCCAGACGAAAGGCUUAAUGACAUUGUCGGUAGCGCAUACUACGUUGCGCCGGAAGUUCUUCAUCGAUCUUACGGAACUGAGGCUGACAUGUGGAGCAUCGGAGUAAUCGUGUAUAUUUUGCUCUGCGGGAGCCGCCCGUUCUGGGCCCGCACCGAAUCGGGCAUAUUCCGAGCAGUUCUAAAAGCCGAACCGAGCUUCGACGAACCUCCGUGGCCGUCCCUCUCUGCCGAAGCGAAAGACUUCGUCAGGAGGUUGCUCAAUAAGGAUUACCGCAAGAGAAUGACGGCUUCACAAGCUCUAUGCCAUCCUUGGAUUCGCGAGGCUCAAGAAGUGAGGAUUCCUCUCGACAUCUUAACUUACAAGCUCAUGAGAGCUUACAUUAGUUCGUCUUCUCUAAGGAAAUCAGCUUUGCGGGCACUUGCCAAGACGUUGACCGUGAACCAGCUCUUCUAUCUCCGAGAACAGUUCGGAUUGCUCGGGCCGAAUAAGAGCGGCUUUAUUUCCUUACUGAAUUUAAAGGCGGCCUUGAUGAAACAAGCAACCGAGGCGAUGAAGGAUUCAAGGGUUCUUGAUUUUGUUAACACGGUGAGCUCUCUUCAGUACAGAAAGCUUGAUUUUGAAGAAUUCGCCGCUUCGGCCGUAAGUGUUUAUCAAAUGGAAGGAUUGGAUACCUGGGAGCAGCAUGCUCGCAGCGCAUACGAAUAUUUCGAAAAGGACGGCAACCGGCCUAUCAUGAUCGAGGAACUUGCAUCGGAACUCGGGCUUAGCCCUUCGGUGCCCGUUCACGUCGUUCUCCAAGAUUGGAUCAGACAUAACGACGGAAAACUCAGCUUCCUCGGAUUCGUAAAACUCCUACACGGGAUCUCAGCACGCUCGAUCCCAAAAGCUUAGCGCGUAAUUGCGUACCCCCUUCCUCAAAACUCGAAGAGGUGAGUUUGCGUAUUCCUAAAUGCCACGAAAUCGAGGUGAAUGAGAUGUCGUCGCAAACCAACCGAAGUCGUCGAUUCAGUGUAAGCUUUUUUUUUUUUUUUUUUUUUUUUUUUACUCUUUUUCGGAAUCGAUCGAAUUGUGGCGUAACUGAAGAUGUUUAAGAGAAAUGUACAUAUUGAGGUUAGAAGAAAAAGAAAAUUUGAAGGCCUAGAGGGAAUUCGAGGCCGGUUUACGUCAGUUUUUAUGCACUGUGGAACUCUUUUUACUGUCAAUAAGAUUAUAUACUCUUUCCUGCUUGUGAUGAAA